ACUAACUUAUUUUGGCCGGAAAACUCGCCAGGAGUCCACCGUAUUCGGCGAGAAGCACGGGAUUUUCGCCGGAAAAUUGCAAUAGCCAAGGAAACAAGAAACCGGUUCUGGGUAAUCGCUUUCUUGACCUGAAAACGAGAGUAACAGAAUUUGGUGCUGGGGAAUUCAGAGGAUAGCCGGUAUUUUUACUGGAAAACCAGUUUGGUGGUUUUGUGAAGGUAAACGCGUUAACCCAAAGCUUGAAAAUCUAUCUUGGUUUCGUGCCUGAAAAGCAUUGGUUCUGGCCGGAGAAGACCAGUCAAUGCCGGAAAACUGAGAUGAACAACUAGUGGUUAGCCAGAUUGUCGCGCAAACCACCUGUUAUCGCCAGAAAAGUAAUUCGAUCACCAGAAAUCCACCAAAAAUUGAGAAUAAGAUAUUAGCAGAGAAAUAGAAAACCCAAAAUCCCAAAACCAUCUAAUCAAGGAUUGUCUGCAAAUUUGGCCGGCUUUGGCCGGGGAUUCGAAAUCAAUGGCGUCUUCAAUCCUUAGCUUCGUAAUGUAUUGGUUAACAGAGCACCCAUCCAUCGUAAACUUCCGAUGGAACCCGAGUCACUGCUGGUUCUCGACCUGGUCCUUCCUCUUCUCCACAAUUGCCGCCCAUCUCUUUCUCUCUCUAACUCUCAACCUCCUCCUCUGGAAGUUCCAUCGCCCCAUACCCCUCGGCCCAAUCCCAGCAAUCCACUCUCUGUCUCUAUCUCUACUCUCCGCCUUCAUCUUCUCCGGCCUCCUAUUCUCGGCCUUCGCCGAGAUUCGUGACACGAGAUGGUUCUGGCGAAGGUCGAAGACCCCAUUCCAGUGGCUCCUCUGCUUUCCCUUAGGGACCAAGCCAUCGGGUAGGAUCUUCUUCUGGUCCCAUCUCUACUUUCUAUCUCUAUUUCUCCAUCUUUUGAGGACCCCCAUCUUGAUUCUUAGGAGAAAACCCCUUACUUUCUCUCACCUUCUCCAUAGAACAAUGCCAAUUUUCAUGUGUUUCCUCUGGUUAGAGUUCUCCCAAUCUCUGCAAGUGAUUUCAAUACUCAGUAACACUUUUGUGUAUGUUCUGGUUUAUGGGUUCCUUUUUUGGAGGAGUUUUGGAUUAGGAGAGAGCUGGUUAGGUGUGGUGGUGAAUUUGCAGAUGGUGAUUUCUGGGUGUAAUUUAGCUGCCCAUUUGGGGGUUUUGGUUCUCCAUUUGGGGAAAGAGGGGUGCAAUGGGAUUGGAGCUUGGGGUUUUAAUUCAGUUAUGAAUGGGGCCCUGUUGUUUCUCUUUCUAAACUUCUAUUUGAAGAAGCAUUUGAAGUGGGGGAGGAGAGGCCCUAUUGGAGAGCUGAAGAAAGAGUGCUAGGUGGUGGCUUUCUUUGUUUUGGAGAUGCGUUUGAAGCUUAGAGAGAGAAAGGGGUGCUCUCGUAGAGAGGUGAGAGGGGGUGUGAGCUGCUUCCCCCUCUCUUUCUCUCUCAAAAAUCAGGUAACUCUCUCUAGAAAGUUUUAGCUGUGGGGUGUUCUCUUUCUCUAAACAGAGUUUUAGCUGCUCUCUCUCUCAAGGUGCUCUGUCUCUUCUCUUGAGAAAUAAAGAAUGGUAGCUCUCUCUAUAUCUCUAGAGAUUUUUAGCCGCAAGGUGCUCUCUCUCUCUAGAGAUUUUUAGCCGCAAGGUGCUCUCUCUCUCUAGAGAGUUUUAGCAGCAAGGUGCUCUCUCUCUCUCUUCUCUUGAGAAGUAAUGAAUGGUAGCUGCAGGGUGGUGUCUCUCUUUCUAAGCUGUAGGGUGGUCUCUCUCUAGGUAGGAUGAAGAGUCUGGAGGAGCUGGGAUUUUUACUUUAUUUUCCAAUGAUGAGAGCAAUAAUAAGUGAAAAUGUACCUUUUAUUUCCUUUUUCAUAUCGAUAAACGUAUAAUCAUGGGGAAGAUCCCCUAUCUAUACCUAAAUUGUCAUGAGUAGUUUUUCUCUCCUAUCUAAUGCCUAAAUUGCGAGGAGUAGUUUUUCUCUCUUGUUUAUGUUGUCUCGUGAAAUGCCAUGGAUAUCAAUGCAUCAUCAAUUCCCUUUCAAAUUUUAUUUUUGGGCC